CGAUCAUCUUUACUGUAUGCCAUGGCAUCCGCAACAGAGACUCAAGAGAUCGAAAUCGCGCCUGUAUCCACCACCCAGAACAACACCAUUGGCCCCGAUAUCUCAACCAACUCCAGCACCCGCAAGCCACCACCGUCCACAGUUAACAAUGAACAAUGUGAUGAUUCUGUCCCCACCCCCAAUCAAACAGCCAACACCAUUAACAACAAAACAACCAUAACAUGCACAAUGCUCUCCCUGUGCCUCUCCGUGCUUCUAUCCGCCCUCGACCUUACAAUCAUCACCACUGCUAUCCCUUCCAUAGUAGGUACCUUCAACUCCGCCACCGGCUACACCUGGAUUGGCGGCGCCUACACCCUCGCCUACGCCGCUGUAACACCCAUCUGGGGAACCGUCGCCGACAUAUGGGGCCGGAAGCCCGUCAUUUUAAUUGCCAUGGCUGUCUUCCUUGGGGGUAGUCUGCUAUGCGCGCUAGCACCGUCUAUGGACGUCCUGCUCGCUGGUCGGGUGUUUCAGGGUCUAGGUGGCUCCGGAAUGGGGAUUAUGGUUAAUGUCAUCAUAAGUGAUUUGUUUUCACUACGAGACAGGGGGCUCUACCUUGCCAUCACUUCGUUAGUAUGGGCUGUCGGAAGUGCUGUCGGUCCUGUGCUGGGAGGCGUCUUUGCGACAAAGCUCAGUUGGCGAUGGUGUUUCUGGAUCAACUUACCCAUCGGCGCCAUCUCCUUCACCGUCCUCCUUCUCUACCUCCACGUCCCCAACCCCCGAACCCCCCUAACAACAGGCCUCAAAGCCAUCGACUGGACCGGCAUCCUCCUAAUCGUCGGCUCCGCACUCAUGAUCCUCCUCGCCCUCGACCUAGGCGAUGUAAUCUAUCCCUGGUCCUCAGCGACCAUAAUCUGCCUGAUAAUAUUCGGCAUCCUAUGCAUGGGUCUCUUCGGAGUGAACGAAUACAAACUCGCGCGCAACCCCGUCAUCCCAUUCUGGCUCUUCUCUUCUCCUACAAAAGCAGCCCCUUAUAUCGUCUUCGCGUGUAACAACUACGUCUUUAUUGGGCUGGCAUAUUACUUGCCAUUAUAUGCACAGUCAGUGCUCGGCGCAAGCGCAUUAACCUCAGGCCUCUACCUCCUCCCACUAAUAGUCUCCUGCGCACUAGCUGCAGCAGCAGCGGGGGUAUACAUGCAACAGACGGGACGGUACAUACCGGUCAUGUACAUCGCGCAGAUACUCCUCAUGCUAGGCACUGGUCUCUUAAUCGACCUCCGCUUCGAGACCUCACUUACCCGUCUUAUCAUCUUCCAAACACUCGCUGGAAUCGGAGUAGGCAUGAACAUUGAGGCACCCAUCCUAGCCGCCCAGGCAGCUACCACCGUCCGGGACACCGCCGCAGUCACGGCGACGAUGGGAUUUGUCCGCUCGCUUGCCACUGCGAUAGCGGUAGUUGUUGGGGGCGUGGUAUUCCAGAAUGAGAUGACGUCUGCUAAUGGUGCACUGACUGAUAGACUUGGUGGGGAUACUGCAUUAGCGAAAGAGUUCAAUGGGGACCUUGCGGCGUCAAAUGUGGAGCGGAUUGGUGCUCUCAAGGAGAGUGAACAGAUCAUUGUGAGGGAGACGUACUUUCAGGCUCUGCGAAUGGUCUGGGUUAUGUAUGUUGCUUUUGCGGGGUUGGCGUCGGUGAUUACGCUGUUUGUGAGGGCUCAUGACUUGAGGAGGGAGAAUGAGGGUGCCGUGUUGGGGGUGGAGAGGGGGCGGGGGGGUAGUCGGUUAGAGGAUCCAGGGAGCGAAGUAAAUGUGGAGGUGGAGAUGGAAGGUAUGCGUGGUAGGAGUCGGACUUGA